UGAUGGGCCUCCAUAGGUAAAUAUACACGAGAUAAUUUAAUUAGUACUACACUGACAGGUAAAAACAUGAGGAGGGGAGUAACAAUUCUAAGCCGUGCUCUGUCCACCAGUUCCAGAAGUGGAGGGAAAUAUAACGAGCCCCUGUCAGGGAACGACAUGCCUCGCUCCGGGGGGAUAGCUUCUAUGAUGCGGCUGCCUGUCCACAAAGACUCGGAAGGUCUCCACGCCUGUUUCGUGGGAAUUCCGAUGGACAUUGGAACGUCAAACCGAUCAGGCACCAGACUAGGACCCCGGCAAAUUCGAACGGAAUCCGCACUCAUCCGGAAAGUGAACAUCGCCACCGGAGCCUCGCCUUUCGACUCUUUCCAAGUGGCGGAUGUCGGGGAUGUAAACUUUAACCUUUACAAUCUUCCCAAGGCCUGCGAGGACAUCCGUGAUUAUUACCGGAAGUUGAUCAGCAAUGGUUGCAUCCCGCUGACCAUGGGAGGGGACCACACCAUUAGUUACCCCAUACUGCAAGCCCUGAAGGAGAGGUACGGUCCCAUGGGUAUGGUCCAUAUUGACGCCCACUCCGACACCAGCGACACGAUGUUGGGGGAGAAGAUUGCUCAUGGUACGCCCUUCCGACGGGCAGUGGAGGAUGGGUGUCUAGACCCCCACCGGGUGAUUCAGAUCGGUCUCCGGGGGUCUAACUACACUGUGGAGGAUUACGACUGGGCCAGAAAGCAGGGAUUUCGAAUUGUGACAGCCCAGGAAUGCUGGCAUAAGUCCCUGGCCCCCCUCAUGAGAGAGGUUCAUGAAAUGAUGGGGAGCAGACCUGUGUACAUUUCAUUUGACAUCGAUGGACUGGACCCCGCCUUUGCUCCCGGAACAGGCACUCCAGAGAUUGGAGGCUUAACAUCUGUACAGGGGCUGGAGAUUGUCCGAGGCUGCAGGGGGAUGCAUGUCGUAGGAGGCGACCUAGUGGAGGUAUCCCCUCCCUAUGACCUCAACGGUACCACUGCGCUGACGGGGGCUAACCUGCUGUUUGAGAUGCUGUGUGUCCUUCCGGGCGUUAAGUACCUCCGCUAACCACACGCUGCACGGACACCGUUAGAUAACUUGCUCAGAACCACCACGUGGCAGUCAUGACGUAUAUAUGGACAAACCACUGUCAUCCGACAUGACUUUAAACAUUAAUCAGAUAUUGUAAUUUUGAAUUACCUUAAAAUGUGCCUUGUGAUUGAUCUUGUGAUAAUUGUACAAAUUAGAUUUAUAUCGGUGUCGAUCUUCCAUAUCUUAUUUCAUUUUUUUUUUUUUUUUAAUACACGAUUUAUACAGUUUGUAUAGAAUUGAUAAGGUUGUUGAAAAAAAAGUUUCAUGUGAAAUUUAUUUUAUGUUUAUUGGUUACAUGAAUAAGAAAUACCAAAGGAAUACCAAAAUCAGAA